UCAUUUGUUAGUCACUUGGUUGUUGCUUCUGUAAUUCAAGGGGGAAUGUACUGAAUGUAGGAGUGGCUUGGACUAAAGUCUUCGGGGCUCAGCAGCACAUCUCUGAGAGUGCUCAAUACCAUUUAGUCCACCGAAGAGCAUAAGAUCAGGACGUGCAGGCAGUGAUCUUCCCAAGAAAACUCUCCGAGGUCUCAGCAAUCUGGUUUAGGCUUCUGAGCUGCAAAUGAACACAUCGAAUUGCUUUCUGAAUCUAAGUUCUUGGCACUCCCUGUAUCCUUCAGCAAGGAGUUCUGCAGCUUAACUGUAUUUUACGUGAAGAACUGUUGUCUUAAGUAUUUUUUGAACCUGCUGUCAGCUGGUGUUGUUUGACACCCCAAGUCGUGGAGAUGGAGGAUAAGGUGUUAAGUCCAGAAAAAGCUGAAGAAGCAAAAUUGAAAGCAAGAUACCCUCAUCUGGGCCAGAAGCCAGGAGGCUCAGACUUCUUGAGGAAGAGGCUUCAAAAAGGACAAAAAUACUUUGAUUCUGGUGACUACAACAUGGCUAAAGCAAAGAUGAAGAAUAAGCAACUGCCUACUGCAGCUCCUGACAAGACAGAAGUCACUGGUGACCAUAUUCCUACUCCACAGGAUCUUCCUCAGCGGAAACCAUCUCUUGUUGCUAGCAAGCUGGCUGGCUGACGAGAGCAGCUGAACUGCAUGAUUAUUCUCAUUCCUGUUAUUUCUCCUUAAUAGUUAUUUCUCACCCUCACAUCCCCCUUUUUCUUUCUUACACUAAGUCAUGAGACUGACAGCUUUGCAGGUAGCGAUAGCAUGUGCUGCUAUUGUAAGGGAAUACAGUUAAGAGUAAAACGUAGUAUUUGGUCUAGUUGAGAACAAUGCACUGAUUAAAAAAGACAAGUUUGGUUAGAGCAAUGUAAUCUACUUGAAAAUGUACAUAUUGCCCAUUUCCUAGUGUAGGACUGGUUCCAGCAAGUGACAUCGCAAGUUUUACAACUUCUAAUGUUUCUGCUUUUGUUAUUUCAUCUUAAUUACAGCAUAUUUGUAUUUAAUAUAACCUCCAGUUGUGUUGGGUUUUUCUUCCGUGUUUGGGUUUGUUGUCUAAAAUAGAGGUUUAGACCACAAGUUGCUAGAUGGUAAAGCAUGUAUAAAAACAAAGACAGGGCUCUGAUUGAAUUUUGUUUCUGCUUUUGAACUUGAACGGCCUUAAACCUGUUUCAGCUUUAACAAUAGAGUUUUUACUUGGGCAAUAUUUGCCCAUUCUGGUGUAACUCUUGUGAACCUAGUGCUUGUUGACAACUGCCUGUUGAAGCUGGUAUUCUUUUCAGUUCUGUAGCUUAGGACACACUUUUGUUGAAGAUGUGGAUGAAGUGUGCAUGUGCAUAGACUGUUGAAUUCACUCUUGUGCCAUUUUUUGUAAAUACAAUAGUUUUGCACAACCUUUUGCAAACGUCUAUUAGUUUUACGUUUUAAAAAGCAGAUAAUGUGCCAAUCAAAGCACAAGUGAUUCUGUAUCUUUCAAAGUCUUGUCCUGAAACUAAGAGCCCAGAAUCUUGCUACUGAAAGUAAAAAUGGUAUACCUGAAAUUUGUGAAACACAUUUACACUUGACUCAACCUCAUGCUUUUCCAGUUGUAUAUUUUGUUUCACAACAAUACCCAGCAUUCAAGUAUGAAUUUGGAAUUUGUACCUAUAUUUGCAGGCAAGUGCCCUUUAUGUUCAGCAGUUGUUUAAGCUUUUAAAGCAGAAAUGCUCUGUCUGUUGGCAUGGAAUAUGGCUAAGUGUACUGUUCUAGAGAGUUCCCUGUGUUGCAAACACCAAAUUUAGGCUCACUAAUGUUUGAUAUGCAAUUGGCUUUGGGCUACUUUAGACUUCUGGAAGCAGAAGGAUAUAUUUUUUUAUUUUCUUGGACUCCUGAAGAGGUAGUAAAUUAUUUCCUUUUCUUCGUUGUACAGCAGCCCCCCAUUGGCUUUGUGGAAACAAAUAUCUGGAAAGGUAUUUCUAUAAUGCCUUAUUGAGAAAUAGGUAACUUUUCAUAUCAGAAAAUAGGAUGGAACUCCAGUUCAUGCUUAUGAUGAAAGUUGUAAGUACUAGAUAGACAAAAUACAUAGAUUGUAUUAGUUAGGUGAAUUGAUGCAUUUAAAACGUGUUAGUUCAGUGAAAUCAGAAUAUUGAAAGUGGAGUAUGAUCCAUAAUGUAAUUGAUUUUCAUAGAGGUAGUCACAGCCUUCAGAGUCUUUGGGAGAACAAGAAACUCUUUUAAAAGAUCGGUUUUCUGAAUGCUUUUUUCUUUAAAAAAUAGUUUGGAAACAGCCUGUUAGAAACAAAGCACCUAUGUGAGUAUCACAAGAGAGAAUGCUUAAAGAUGCAUGUUUUUAGCAGCUUGUACUUUGUGCUGACAUAUUCAGAAAGGUCUUGGGGUAUAAAGGACUGCUAGUCAAUACCAAUGCUGGCCCACAUCUUCUGCAGUGCUCUCUUCUAGAGGCAAACAAAAUGGUCAAGAGAAAUUGAAUAGUCUUUAUUUGGUCCUGUUUUGAUCAGAACGUUGUGUCUAUGUCAUGUUUUUGAUUCAGAGAAGCAAUUCCAGAGAAUUUCAAAAUUGCUAACCUGAUUCUUUUCGAGUCUGUAUAGCCCUGUUUUAGUAGUUAGAUGGGCUUUGUCAAGCCUGUCCUUAUUCCUUAUCCUCCACUAGUAUUACAAAUAAUUUGUGGUUUUUGCAGAACAGUUUGAAGAAAUGGACCUACUUGACUUUAGGAAAUUAGGCUGGAAGAAUAACAAGGAAACUGGAAAUAUUGAAGCAAACUGCUUUUUAUAAAUGUUUGUUCUAAUGUGAAAAUCCUUCUUUAUUUUUCUAUGUAUAAAUGAAAUUGAAACUUAACGAUAGGAUUGGGCCUGAAACAAAUGUUGAACAACUUAAGGUGACUUGCUGUGUAUUGUCUGGUGCCACUAUUCUGUAGCUCUCCUAAGGUGAGUUCUCUUGGUGUUUGGGAAGGUUUAAAAAGAUAGCCAUUUAAAUUUAAACAUUCCACUCACUUAGCUACAACUCAGCUUGUCCUGCUGGUUGGACAACACAAGCUCUUCCAGUGCUCACUCAGUGACUUGCAGUUCCUAAGAUUACUACAAAUUCAGCUAUGAAUAUAUUCUCCAUGUGUAUAUUUGAAGUACUGUAAUACUAACUAGGUCAGUGACUGAUUAUGAGCCUUCAUAUCUGACAGACCUCAGCAGCAGGCACAGCUACUUUGAUUCUGUACACUGUAUAAAACUUAAGUCCAGUAGUCACUUAACAGUAAAUGGAACAUGACUGCAGAUCGAUGCUUACUUUCAGCUUACUCCAGCAAGAUAACUCAGCUAUCCAAACUGAUGUACAUAAUGUAUUAUAUGAGUUUUACCAUUUGAUAAUUGCCUUUUUCAAAGAAAACCUGUCCACACUGUAGACUGGCAGUCCCUUUCAUAUCUUGCCUUUAAAGAUAGAGUGUUUAGUUGUUAGAGUAGUACUCAUGUAGGCUUGUUAUAGCAGAUAGCACCAACAUUUUAUUUGAGAUAGUUAAGUGGAUUAAUUACAACUUCACAGAUAUGUCCCCAAAUCUGUAACACCAAAGGCUUCCCUCUCAUUGUUCUUGAUGUAGUAGGACAGUGUUUGUGUAAAGGCCGCAGGAGUACAUUUUGUUGGACAUAUUUACACCCAGUCAAGAUGUUAAGGUGAUAAAAAUGUCAAUUGUUCUUUACAAACUUACACGUUGUAUAGUAUACAGAAUAAAUUGAUUUACUUAGUUUUUAUUGCACCAUGGAGGUUUGUCUCAUCUUUACUGUCUUUUCCUAAACAAUACUGGAUACUUCGGUAUUCUCUGUGGAAAAUUUCUAAACCCUAAAUCUUGCUACUCUGUAUCAUUAAAAAUAUGACUGGGCUUUGGUUUUAGUAUGUUAGACUACAGAAUUACUUUAAUGUAAUCACAUUUAUAUAUAUUUCAGUGCUUAUUUUUCUAUUAAGGCAAUUAAAGCUUAUUGUUUGAAAA